AUGGGCUGUUCGAAUUCUAAGGAAGGCCCGGGAGCGCGGCAGAUCUCGGGGGUGGAUGAUUCGCACCCGGACGGGAGCCUUGUCGUCGGUGUUGGCCACAAGCCCAACCACCAGGCGCUCGACAAGCUCACCAACCAUGACAAGAAGCUCGCCGACACGAUGGGGAUGGAGACCUUCGGCGCCGAGCCCGAGGACAAGGACCCUCUGUCGAACCUGAUGGACAAGCAAGCGGAGAUCACGCCGGUCACCAUGGCCACACCGCCGCGGGCCGGGGCCGGCGCGGCCGGCAAGAAGGUGACCGGCAUCGUCAAGUCCUCGCUCGGCACGAAGGAGCAGGGGCUCGACCACCGCUUCGACAAGGACGCGCAGCAGGCCACGCUCCGGAGCGGCCACAAGCCCCCCGCGAAGACCCCGUCGCGCGGACCCAACCGCCUGCCGUCGCUGACCAAGGUGGCGAGCGAGGCCAACAGCAACAGCAAGGGCGCGGAGGAGAACGGCCCGGCGCUCGUGCUGUCGAAGUCGCCGCAGCCGGCGAUGCGCAUGCCCUCGAGCAAGAACCCGGGCGCCCCCGCGGCGUACGCGAGCACCACGGGCGCCGUGCACAACUUCACGUCUCCCACGCCGAAGAGCGAGAGCAACUUCGCGACCGCCAAGUCGCUCCGGCCGACCAAGGGGGGCUCCGGGGUGUCCUCGAACGGCCUCGACGACGUCGACGCGUUCUCGCCGCGUUCGGGCGCCAACUCGGCCGCGUCGCCACGCCCGGUCAACAGCGUGCACGGCGCGGCGCAUGGGGGCUCGUCGCCCGGCGGCGCGACGCCGCAGAAGCCCGUGCAGCACUACUCGAGCAUCCAGGCGAAGAGCCUCGUGUCGGACGACCCAAACGACCCGUGGUCGGCGCUGCACCAGGAGUGUGCGGCGCCGGUGCAGCCCGACCCCGAGGCGGCGGCGUCGCGGCGAUCGAAGCCGGAGCAGCUCGAGAUGGAUCUGGAGGCCGCGGGGCCGCGGCGGACGGCGGAUGCGAAGACGCAGCGGGGGCCGCGGGCGGGUGCGGGCGCGGGGCGCAGCUCGCGCCGCAAGGGCGGGGGCUGGGGCGAGGGGGAGCUCGCGAAGCCCGGGACGUUGAUGGGCGGGGACGAGAAGCCGCAGCCGCUUGACCUGGAUGGCGUGGAGAGCGAGGACGGCGACGGCGGCGCGGUGCCGACGCAUGCCAUGCCGACGGCGGAGAGCACGGACCGCGAUCUGGACAUGCAGAGCUUCGACGGGGACGACUUCGACAUCUCGAAGGCGCCGCGCGCGGACGGCCUCAGCAACGACGUGGCGGCGAAGCUCGCCUUGUUCGAGGACGGGGACGAGGAGCUGGAGUAG